AAUAGUAUACAAAAACAGCUUAGAAAACGAUUUGGUUGCCCGUACAUCCAACACUGCUCAAAGACUGAUGGUAUCUCUCUGCAAUGUCUGCCGAGAUGAUGAUAACAUAACGGACAUAACUGAAGCCAGAAAUGAUGCUGAAGCUCUAGCAAAGAUUGGAGUACUGAAUUUGGGCGUUGAUCAAACCGCUUUGAACAAUAUUUUGUAUCAAAGAAAUUGGAAGCAACUUCAGUUAAUAUUCAAGGAAUACGAGAAAAUGACUGGUUACGAUAUAGGAAAAGUGAUUAAAAAUGAGUUUGCAGUCACUAGGUCUAUCAAAAACCAAGCCUCCUUUUUCGCUAGAUUGUUUAGGAAAUGUGUGAAAGGAUUUUUUGGUACCAAAGACAGGACUCUCAUUCGAUUAGUUGUUAGUAGAUGCGAAGUAGACAUGAAGGAAAUUAAAAAGAUAUAUGAGAUCCAAUAUGGUGAAACAUUGGCUGAUGCAAUUAAAGGCGAUACUUCUGGAGAUUACCAAAAGUGUUUACUUAGGCUUAUAGGGGAAAGUGAUAAUCAAUAAAUGUAAUAUGAUUAAUAAAUACUAUAUUAUUA